AUACAUACUUUUUUUACUGAUACUAGCUAGAUGGAGAUUCUCAUCCCACCUAAUAAGGAUGGCUUCAUGUCCCAAUAUCUGAAUGCGGUAAGUUUUGAGCUGACGGCGUCUUAUGGGCGCAAUUAGCUACGAUGCACCAGAUAAUAAAGCAAAAAGCAAUAGCCAGUUUAUGGCCAAAGCUUAACGACGCUUUGUGUUAGAUUAUGGAUUGCCAGGCUGCCAGGUUGCCAGAUUACCAACUUCGACGCGUCAAAUUCCGUAUUUUGUAACCUUUGCGACCUCUUCAAACCAAAUAGACAACAAUGACAAUAACGCUGGACUACUUACCUACCGAGAUCCUACUCAUCAUUGCUAGCCAGUCUGGCUAUUGGGGUCGGAAUGCAUGUGCUGCAACACAGUACAGUUUUGCAUCGCUGGCCCGUACCAAUCGACGACUUCACUAUGUAUUCAAUCCCAUCCUCUGGAAGUAUAAUGGCAAAUGGGGAAUCCACCAAAAUUUCCAUGAUGCAUUCAUCUCAGCUGCCAUUUGGGCCGCUAUGAGAAAUAGAAUUGAUAUCCUUGAUAUAGCAGUCAAAUAUCAACACGAUCUAGGUUCUUUUUUCGAAGACGAUCCCAUGAAAGUCGCAGCUAGGUCUGGGCACGAUGCCACUGUGUCAUGGCUACUUGAUCACGGUGUACCCUUGGAAUGUACGCCCUGCGAACGAAUAGUUGUCGAUUCACCAUUCCCCGUAUCUCCCUGGCCUCAAGAUCAUGUAUCGCCUGGGUACUCAGCCCUACACUCUGCAAUAAUAUGCCGUCGAGAGUCUACUUCCAUACUAUUGCUUUCACGCGGCGCCAAAUACCAAUUCAAGACCAACACGAACAAGUCAGCCAUACACUUGGCUGCUUUGAAUGGUUUACCCACAGUGAUAGAGUAUCUAGUCAAGACGAUGGGAAUCAACGUCAAUCAGCACGACCAAGAUGCUAUGACACCUUUGCAUUACGCAGUAGAGCGGCCCCACAAUACGAAGACAAUACAGUUAUUACUGGAUCUUGGUGCCGAUAAGAAUGCAGUACACAACUUCCACAGUCCUCUUGUUAGAGCUCUUAAAAAGCAACAUCUCGAUAAUGCGAUGGUGUUGCUGGAUGCCGGGGCAAAAGUAAAUCCGACAAAAGAUGACGAUGAAGCUCCCUUGGUUGUAUGCGCACGCAAUUUUAAUACUCUGGAGGGACCAAAAGAUCAAUCGUAUCAAAUCGAAGUACUUCGCAAGAUCAUUGCAAACGGCGCCGCUCUCGAUAGAUCGUUCCAUAAAGAUACAGCACUCUGCUCAGCCAUCGAACAAGGCACUGCAGCAACUACUUAUGAACUACUAAGAGCAGGGGCUGAUGUAGAAGCCCCAAGGGAAAAAGAUGGCAUGACACCGUUUGAUAUGCUAUGGAUCAUCUAUGGCAAGAAUGACAACGAUGGCUAUUUGCAUUGCAGCGGGGAUUUUACUGAUAAAAUAAGCUACUUGUGUUUAGCAGGCGCUCGCCUAGAUACUCGGCGUCAUAAUAGUAAGACCAACACUGAUAGCCGUACCCAGCUAGAAAAUGCUAUUGAUCGGUGUCCUCCAGGACAAGGAUGGAUGCUUGAGAAUAUCCUCGCGUCGGCAACACGUCGAAAUUUUCGCGACGGAUAUAUCAACGAACUUUUCGAAACAUGCUUACAAGAGCAGCGGUUCAUGCAAGCUAAGAUACUAAAGUAUCAUGGCGCAACUUCCCACGCAACUAAUGAGCUAGCUUUCAUUUGGGCUAAGCAAAUAAUCAAGGAUGACAGCGAGGGCAUCGAUUUUCACAGCGAAUGCCUUAGCUUCUGCCUAGACUUCUUAUCGUCCCAGCAGAUCGAGACCCUUUUCGAAACCGCAGUGGUCUCCUCAUGGCAGGACGGAAUAUGUCACGCGCUCCUCGAUCGCGGCGCUCUAUCAUCCUGGAAGGAAACAAAGGAAUUUAAACAUUGGCUUCACGUCGCUGUGUCUCAUAGAUGCUGUACACUUAUACGGCGUCUUGUCAGCUUGGGGAUGGAUGUCAACGCUCUGGAUGAAAAUUACAAUACGCCUAUGAUGGUAGCUUUAAAGGAGCUAGAGGACCCAAUGACAGCUGAUUUGCUCUUCGAACUCGGGGCGGAUCCAUUUCAUCCUCGCCCAGACACGGAAUACCGACGAUCGCCAAACACAUCGACGGAGAUCCUCUCUCCAUUCGAGCUUGCUCUGCGUAGGGACUACUUGAUAUAUACACGAAAAUGGUGGUUUAAUACCCCAUCAGAAUCCCGGCCGACGGAGGAGUUUUGCAUCCCCCGUGUGCUAAAUAAAGGACCGUGGUAUCAAGGUUACCUGGAAUUCUUACGCAAUAAAUCCGACACCAACCUACUAGACAGACACGUGAAGUGGGACCUAGAUACGAUAAAGAGACCCGAAUGGCGAAGAUUUCGUGAUGACGAAGGCCAGAAUAAUAGUCUUGCGUCAGUGAUGAAUGAGGCGCCAAUACCGACUCAUUUAGAUGAUCUUUAUCACCUUGAAUUUUGGGGUUUGGCUGGCCCGCUAUAAUCGACAUCACGAUCUGGGCUUAAUAACGGCUAUCUACCGGCUUAGUGAUUGCCAUAUAUUCUAAAAGGAGCAGAUGAGUUUUGGUAACAUUAAAUAUACGUGUAUUGGUGCUCUACACAUCCAUUUACUUGAUACCAUUACGCCGAUGUCAUCAACAUAUCGAGUUUCCCGACGGAUACUCUUGAAGGCUCUUAAUUGCAGCGAUGUUUGGGCUAGUACAUGUACCUAGGUAUUUCUAUUUUCAACUCAGGGGUUGUCAGAUAGUAUGCUACGUGUGUUAAUAUAGAUAAUUGUCAC